AUGGUCGCGUUCGACGCGACCGAGCUGCCGUCGUCGUGGCCGGUGCCCGCGGAGCCUCCCGUGGCCCCAGGAGGGCCCGCUGCGGACAACGAGAAGGAGUGGCUGGACGUCGUGAACGAGAAAAACGAGGUCGUAGGGAAGGAACUGAGGGGCAAGUGCCACAAAGAGGGGAUUCUGCACAGGGCAGUCCACGUGUUUCUGUUCCGGAAGGACGGGUCGCUGCUGAUCCAAAGGAGGUCCGCGAGGAAGAAGCUCGCGCCGACGUGCUGGGACCUAUCCGCCGCGGAGCACCUCAGCGUCGGCGAAUCGUACCUCGAAGCCGCCAGGCGAGGCCUCCAAGAGGAGCUGGGCGUCUCCGUGGACCUUGCAAGCAUCGAAGUGCUGGACGAGCCGCACGAACGGAGGCUCCAGGUGCCGGAGAUCGGCGUCGACGACCACGAGAUGGUCCAGGCCGUGGCCGUGCGCGGUUACGAAGGCGACGUCACGCCGGACUUCGUGGAGGUGUCGGAGGUGCGGUGGGUGGACCCUCGGUGCGUGUGGGCGGACAUGGCGGGCGAACCAGACAGCUACACAGAGUGGUUCCGCGGGCAAGCGAUGCGGCUCGGGUGGCGCUCCAGCGCCACCGCGGAGCUCUACUAG